AUUCGCCUUCAUUUUGUUCGACAGUGAACAUGGCUUAUUGGUUUCAAGCCCUGUUGAUCGCUUUUGCUCACACUGUUACAUCACAAGUGACUUACGACGUGACAUGUUCUGCAAAAGAAAUGAAAGUUACAAUGAUGUUGGAUGACAAUAAGCCAAAUGUUUUCAUCGAUAAUUUAAGAGGAUUUAAAGGCUGUCUGCCAAAGGUUGCGGAACAAAAAGCUGUAAUUAUAUUACCUUUAGACAAUUUCCAUAAGUGCGGCACAACAAGAAUGACCAAUAAAUAUACGGGCCAGACUCUUUACUACAACCGAAUUAUCAUCGAAAAAGAACAGAAAAGAGAGGUUCUUUUGGUAAAGUGCGUCCUCCCUGGAGACAAAAGUUUACCAGCCAGUUGGGAAAAAAGACUGAAGAGAAAUGUAUUGCCUGCAGGAUUUUUUGAAGCAGAAGAAUUAAACAUCACCAAUAUUGUGGCUCAUGCACCAACACCAUAUUUGAAUUUAGCCAUUCGUCAAAACGGAAGGUUCCUGGACACUGCCACCAAUGUGCAACCCGGAACUCCUUUAGAAAUGGUGAUUUACUUGGAUUCGAAAAGCGCCUCAACAUAUGGACUACUUGCAAGCUAUCUUAAAGUAACAGAUGGAACACCCGAACAUGACGAAAUAAUUGUAAUGAAUGGUUGCUCAAUUGAUCCUUAUAUCUUUGGUAACUUCGAAACUACAGACGAUGGCAAGUCACUUUACUCCAAAUUCAGAGCUUUCAAGUUUCCAGAUACAAAUUACGUACUUUUUGUUGGAACUGUUAAUGUUUGUCUAAAGCAAUGCAGAGGGGUUCAAUGUGGAAGUGAUCAAAUAGGAUAUGGAAGACGAAAACGAGAAAUUCCAGCUGAAUUGCCAUUUGAUCCUAAUAAGUUAUAUGAAGUUGAAAUGACUACAGUCUUGAAAGUACAAUUUUCUGAAACUCAUUUCCAACCCAAAAGAGAAUCUGUAGAAGGUAGCUUUGAUAGUCUUCAAACGAAUGACAUGAUUACAUACAACCAACGAAAUGGCGCCACUUGGAUAACUCCAUCUCUAUUGUUGCUUCUGGUGUUUAUUUGCCUCUAAGAAACAACAUGAUUCGCUACUUGUUCAAAGAAAAAGAGCUGUUAAGGACACUCAAAACUUGUGAUUAAUGCAGGAACAUUUCUUACUGCUAAUUUUUUAAGGAAGCUACUAUUUCAAAACAUGAUACAGCAUUAUAUGAUAAAUCCAUCCAAAUCUUCGAACUAAUGUUAUCCAUUGUCAUUUAGACAUAAAGAUCUGCUUUUUUACAGACAAUAAGCCUCAGUCAUGAAUUUGUAACGUUAAUAAGUAAAUUAAUGCUUUGUUUAAAAUUUGUUAUUUGUACAGCAGAUUGUUAUAUCAAAAAUGAUGCAUUUAAAAAUGUUUUUAAAACAAGCGUUUUACUCACAGUCUGAAGCUACCUUAAGAUAUUUGUUUUAUAAUGUUACUUAAGUUUUUGUUUGUAUUUGUGUGGUUAGUUUGAAGUUGACGCUUAAAAUGAUAUUUGUGUGCGGCUUGCUUUACUUCUUUUUCUAAAAUUCGCAUUAACUUUUUUUUUAUAUUUAGUAAAUAAUCGAACUGACAAUUUUAUUUAAUUAACAAUAUGUCAACCAGUAUCGUUGCUGUUCUUUGCUCAUUUGCAAGGUAUCGGGGGAAAAACAAUCUUAAAACGAGUUUUCUGAAAAGUUCAAUUUAAAUCUAUUCAAUAUUAAGAACAUAUUGCGAACUGCAUAAUAAUGGGAGUAAGCCUCAAUCAAAGUGAUAUUUUUAUGAGAAUAGAUUUUUCAAUAAAAUCCGUUAAGAAAAAAAGGCCUUAAACAGUGCAGAAGUAAAACAAAGAGGGAAGAAACGUUUUUUUUUUCGGGGGGGGGGACUACAAGCUAAGGACUGGAUUGAUUAAGUUUAUCUUACAGACUAGCUAUAUGAACUCUAACACUGGACUUGUUAGUAGUGGUUCUGAUAGUAACGGACUGGUGUAUUUAGUUUUCUUGGUGAAGAUAAUACUUUUGUUUGGCGGUCGCAUUGAACUUAAAACUAGUUUGCACUGGGCAGUUUAGCUAAUACCAGCCACCACAACUAGAAAGCCAUUCAGCCUGACUAAAAGCACAUCUCGUGAACGCCAGACAGUAGAGCUAAAACAAUUUUUCCAUUCACACAAGUCUGCAAGAGAUUUCUUACGCUCUCUAACCAUAAAUAUUAAAGGACGUGUAGGUUUGAAGUUGUUACAAAUAGGGUUUGAAGUUGUUUACAAAUUUUAGGACUUCCCUGAUUUUAAAAUGAAUUAUUCUUCUGGAAUCUACUGAAGAUUUUUUUUCUGCUCUCCAACAUUAAAUAAUAAAGGUUGCCCGAAAUGUUGCUAGCAUUGGA